CCACCCAUCCAUUUUUUGGCGUCUCUAUGCAUUCUCCCAUCUUUAACCACCCACCAUGCCACCAAAUCGUUCCCGAUCGAACCGAAACUCGCAGGAACAAGAGGGACGCAUCUUAUUAGCUAUAGAAGCUUUUAAAAAAGGAGAAAUCAGCUCAAUCCGUGAAACAGCAUGUCGAUUUAAUAUACCACGUUCCACCUUUUCCAAUCGCCUUAAUGGCCACCAAUUUCACAUUGAAAAAACGCGCCAACAACCAUAAACUCACAGAAGUUGAAGAGGAAUUGCUUGUUAAAUGGAUAUUCUCAAUGGAUCUACGUGGAGCAGCGCCUCGGCCUACAAUGGUGCAAGAAAUGGCCAAUUUAUUGCUUGCAGCUCAGGGUACUGAUACUGUUGGCAAGAACUGGGUAUCAAUCUUUGUACGACGCCAUCCAGAGCUCCAAACACGAUUCUCUUGAAGGUAUGACUACCAACGUGCAAAACAAGAGGAUCCAAAGG